CGGGCCUGGCUGGGCUGUUUAUGUGCGUCGCUUGUUUCUUGAGGGCGGCCGCCUUCGCCGCCGAGCAUUUCCCGCGCGGGCGGGCGCGCUAAUCCCUUGACCCAGCAGUGGCGGCGGCGGCGGCGGCUCGGAGCGGGCGGGAAAACAAACAGCGAUGCCGAAGCGCUCCUGCCCGUUCGGGGACGCGGGCCCGCUGCAGCUGAAAACCCGCGUGAGGCUGCGGGAGCUGAGCCAGGGCGCCAUGGGCGAGAGGUACCGGCGGGAAAUCUUCGAAAAAACAAAGCAGCUGCUUUUCAGAGGAGCCCAAACUUAUAUGGAUAAUAAGUGGGACGGAAACGCAGCGGGAGGCUGUCUAAUUGCACAGUACCCAGUGCCACUAGCAGGCAGACCAGAGCCUUAUUCUCAGUAUUCUUGUAAUGGACAAAUGUUAAUUGGGCAGGAUGGGAAACUUCGGCAGCCCCGCCCAAAAGAGACAGCAACGGCCGGAGGCGUUUCCAAGCCCUGCUCAUCGUGUAUAAGAACAGUCGACGUCAAAGAAACUUGCACGCAGUGUGACCGAUCCAUAUGCCAGAACUGUAGCAAACUCUGUAGCUGCUGUAAUGCUGUUGCGUGUUCCUUGUGUUCCGUUAUAGAAUCAGACGAUAUUGACGAGCGAAUCCUUUGCAGUGGCUGCUCAACAUUUAAUGCUUGAAGCAUCUGGACUUGUAAAGAAGUGUGUGUGUGUGUGUGUGUGAUUUUUUUUAAGAGCUAGACAGUUUUAACUUCUUAGUAUAUCAAAUCUGAUAUAUCCCCCCCCCAAAUAUUGUACUGUAUAUUUCUACAACUGUGAUUUAAUUGAAUAAACAUUUUGUACUUUGA